UGCGAAGUAGAGAAAUCCUCACACAUGUCGGAAAAGACUCAGCUUUUAUCGAUAAAAAACCGUCUAAAAGAACACCCUUACGAUUGAUCCUGGUGGGUGGAAAACGGACCAUUAUCUUCUGCGGCUAUAGGAUCGCAUAAUGGUCGAUCAACCUAACCAGAAGUCGUAUAAAAUCCGCGGUCAUUCAAGGCAACGAAGAAGUUCCAAACCUUACUUGAGGCCUAACGAAGCAAAAAAUAAGGGAAUUUUUGAUAAAGUCAAAGAAUACUUCAAUCCAAGUUGGUUGGUCGGGUAUUUUUCAUCAAGCAAGGACGAUUCUGAAGAGUACGAGCGAAAUUUAGACAGUCACGCUACUGUCACACAUGAGGAAGGCAGUGCUUCGAAUGUGAGAGAGCCAAUACAGCAUGCUUCUUCUUAUGUUGCAGAAGAGGAUGAAAAUGAGGACAGUUUUGAAAGUUUUGAAAAUGAUUCUGAACAGAGUUUGAAUGAGGACGAUAUGAAUGAUGAUCUAACUGUUCACGACAAGAAUGACAGAAGGGAGAAACUUGAUAACCGUGAUCACUCGAUUCGAUUGUCAGGUUCCCUAGAUGAUGAUUUUGAGGAUGCCAAAGAAAGACAAAAGAGGACAGUCUUUGAUUCUUCAGAUCGUAUAUUUCAAAGGACCGAUCAUCUUACUCGGAAACCAUUACCUUCCUUACUCCAUUCUCGUGCUGCAUCAAGCUCGUUGCUAUUGCAACGUGGGAUGCACGGCAUUCGAAAUAAAGGAAAUUUAUUCAGUGCAAAUUCAGGUGGAAGCACUACUUCUAGAAUGAAAUUUUCAUCAACACCAAUUACCGCACAUGAUACUGGUGAAUCAAGUGCUAAUCUCGUGAAUGAUAAACUAGCAAGGCAUUCUUUAAGUGCAAGGAAUUUAUCAAUAAAUGACCGCAUGUCGACUAGAAAUGAGACACCAAAAAUGGCUUCUGUGCCAGAAGAUAAACCAUCAAGAACAUCAAGUUUACCAGCUCUUUCAACUACCAAUUCUACACCGUUGUUUUCUGUCGAGAAAUUUGUCACACCUGUGCAACGAUCGUUCAAAAAUAAACGGGUUGGUUCACCAAACUAUCCUGGACCUGUGAUUUAUGGUGGAGCUUUGAAUGUUUCUCGUGAAAUACCUUUUAAAAGAAGGAAGAUGUCAACAUCGCCAGGCUCCGAGAGCCAUCAUCCUGUAUCAAAAUUACGUAUUCGAGGUGUAAAACAGUUAUCAACACAAAGUGCUGCUGCUGGCCGAUCCAGCACAAAAACGGCUCAACGUAUUCUUGAUGCUUUGGAGUCAGUCUCUUCCCCUCUUAAGGAUGUUCGACGUAUUCCUGCACCCAUAUCAUUGGCAUCUGCUUCACCUUUAUCUUUUAUUCCUUCAAAGACAAGAACAAUACCUCCCAAGACAAAAGUUGGUCCAAGGGUUUCAUAUCUGCAGGCAAAAUUAAUUGGUGAUCCUCCUGUAUCGUCACUUCAAACCCCCGAUGUUGCGAAAGUUUCGUUUGUUGAAGAACCCCGUGAAUCCACAGAAGUCCAAUCUGAUCCAUCACCUUCAACCACGCGCCGACCUUCAAAUCCCCGCUCCCAAGAUAGCACGUUUUUCAGUGAUCUAAAUGAUGUCGUUCUCAAGACUUCUCUGCCUGGUUCUUUAGCGCCCAAAUCUUUACCAACCUCUCUAUCGCCAAUUGAGAAUACGAAAAAAUCUGGUGGCAAAAUGAAAAGCGCUCCACGCAGGGAAGCGAUGCAUUAUAGCUCGAAUAAAAACAGCCCGGAAAGCGAGGUUGCGAAUCCUCUACCGGAAAUCAAUAAUGCCAUACCACUUCCUGUGAACUUGAAUAAGAAUUUAUCUUUCCCAAUGUUCAAUUCGUCCAAAACACUUCAUUCAAAUAACGAUGUCGCCAGGAAAAGUUUUAUUGAUGACAAACAAAAGAAACCGCCAUCCUGCGAAAGGCAAGAGUCACCUAGAAACGGCUUUCUCUUUUCAUCUCCCGAAACUGAAUCUCGAAAAUUUUCAGUUAAAGAGUGUCUUGAAACCGCGGAUAACGAGGUAUCGUUCUCCUUUAGUGAACCUGCGCCAGUAAAGGUUUCUGGAAAUAAAAAACCUUCAAGGAGUUCUUCAUUGCAAUCUUCAAAAUCUGCGCCUUUGUUAUACACUUCGCCGACUCAAAAUUCCGUUUCGUUAUUUUCGAAGAGUCCUCAAAGCGAUGACGCAUUUUCGCCAUCAAGAAAUGACGUAAUGUCGACGCCUGAAGAGAUAAAAAAUCCAGAAUCUGUGAAUGUCAAGAACUUUGUGGCAAAUAUCGAGAAUACAGCUCCUUGCCAGUGGAAAAAACCCGUGGAAACUUGUAAAAGCAGUUUCGCUAAGAAGGAAAACCAGAUUGGGAACUUGAAGAAGCUAGAAGCUCCCAAAGGUACUUCGGAUAGCAAUACUAAACAGGCUGCUGUACUAAAACCUAAAUUUGCUGCCCCAAAAGACUUAUGGGAAUGCCCCACGUGUAUGAUCCAAAAUAAAAACGACAUCCUGCAGUGUCCCGCCUGUCAGACGAGCAAACCUGGAUCCGUAGGUCCUUCACAGUUACAGAAUCAGACCAACAGCAGUAAUGAAGGCUCCACCUCGGGUGGUUUUUCCUUUACAAGUGGUAAAGUUAACUCCACCUCAUCAGGAGGGGGCUUUACCUUUGGUAAUGUCAAAUCUGCCUCUUCCGGAGGGGGAUUAUCUGGCAAGGAUGUCAACUCUACCUCAUCAGGAGGGGGAUUUACAUUUGGUAAUGUCAACUCUGCCUCUUCAGGAGGGGGAUUACCUGGCAAAGAUGUCAACGCUACUUCAUCAGGAGGGGGAUUUACCUUUGGUAAUGUCAACUCUGCCUCAUCAGGAGGGGAAAUACCUAGCAAAGAUGUCAACGCUACUUCAUCAGGAGGGGGAUUUACCUUUGGUAAUGUCAACUCUGCCUCAUCAGGAGGGGAAAUACCUAGCAAAGAUGUCAACGCUACUUCAUCAGGAGGGGAAAUACCUAGCAAAGAUGUCAACGCUACCUCAUCAGGAGGAGGAUUUACCUUGGGUAAUGUCAACUCAACAUCUUCACAUUUGAAGAGUAAGACAGACAACAUUAAUAAAGAUUCGUCAUCUGGUGGUUUUUCAUUUGCCAACACUCGUGUCAACCCUAUCGCAUCAGGAGGGGGUGUUACAAGCACAGAUGUCAGCUCUAUCUCAUCAGGAGGGGGAUUCAACUUUGGCGCUAGUCAAACCAACCAAUCUACAAACAUUGGAUCAACUUUUACCUUCGGUCAGAACAAAACAACAGAAUCGUCGAACUUCACUUUUGGAAGCAAUAACGUUACAAAAUCUGAUGCUAACGUUACCUCAACAAGUGAGGAGACUAAGUCUUCGGUCAUUUUCUCGUUUGGUGCUGGAAAAUCAGACGAGAAUUCCGCCAACACGAUCUUUUCAAGUGCUGCAAGCUCAAGCAAGAAUAUUGAUAAACAGAUAUUUUCUUUCGGCGCUCCAUCCUCUCAAACGACAACUGACAAUACUCUAAACACAAAAAAGGAAAGUCAAAAAUCCAACCUUAGUCAAGUAAAGCAACCAACAAUGAACAUAGCGCAAGCUGCUGCAGUUGGUCUAUUGAAAGUUCCGGGAAAAGAAAUCGAAACAAGUGAACCAGUCAAUAAAGACAUAAGACAAACCAAUGCUGGCUCAACAUUUGCAUUCCCCACCUCUGCAAACACACCGUCUUCAUUGAAAACUGGUUUGGAGCAAACCGCUGGUUCUAAGGUUACCAAUGCUGGCUCAACAUUUGCCUUCACCACGUCUGCAAACGCACCGUCCUCAUCGAAAAGUGAUUUGGAGCAAACCGCUGGUUCUAAGGUUACCAAUCAAAAUCAAGCCGUUUCUUUGAACGCUGGUGUCUCGCCUUUCUCUUUGCUGAACAAGAACUCUGUAGAAACCAAGACCCCAGGCGGUCUUUUUAAAUUUGGAGUUGCGCCAUCUACUACCUCCACGGCAACUUUGAGUACAGUAUCAGUUGUUACACCCAUUACAACGUUCCUUAAUGCCACGGGUUCAACGAUACCCCAAGUCAGCCCGUUAAAUCCCUCGUCCACCCCUAAGAAUACGCCUUUUUCUUUCACCGGUUCCUUAUCUCAGCCUAAGGCUACUGUAGCAUCCGCUGUCCCAUCUUUUGAUAUCGCCGCUUCAACUUCGAAUAAAACAGCACCGUUAACGCAAACCAAUCCUUCGACGUUUUCGUUCCUUGGCUCAGCGGCUACACAGACUACCAAAGCAACUCCAGCUUUUAAUUUUGGUGCAGUGAACGGGCCUACAUCAAGUAAUGGAGUAAGUUCUACACCGACCGCUGCUACGACAUCCGGUCUGUUUUCUUUCACUGGCUCACAGCCACCCGUCUUACCCACUCAGCUUGCUGUUGAGAAUUCCAACUCAAUGGGUGGCGAAGAGAUGGACGCGGACUCGAAUAGCAAUCACGGUCAAUCAACGUUCAUUCAAAACCCGGGAGGCUUCAAUUUUUCCUCGGCUGUUUCAAAUACAGGCCAAACUCCGGGGGGUGUAUUUGGAGCCCUUGGCAACAGCUCUACAGCUCCUUCCGCCCAAUCCGGGGGGUUCAACUUUUCUGCCAAUACUGGGGCGAGUUCCACAUUUCAGUUUGGAUCUUCAUCUAGUUCAAUGUCAGGAGGUUUUAACUUUGGUGCAUCAGCGCCUAGCUCAAACACAACUCCCUUCAUGUUCGGCAGCUCGUCUACGUCGGUCAGCGGUUCUACAAAUCAAACUUCUACUCCGUUGAGUUUCAGUUUUGGCGGGAAUGGCAUUAAACCCGCACAAAAUCCCACACCCGCUGCGUGUGAUAAGCCUGCAUUGUUUAGCAUGGGCGCCGGGCAAACCACUCCUUCCAAUAGAGUCUUCAAGAAAGCAGUGCGACGAAAACGGAAAUAGAGUUGGACAAGAAUUUGAAAUGAAGAAGAGCAACGACGCUUCAUGAUAAUCAAGUAGCUAAUUAAACGAAGUAAUGAAGGAUUUUGUGAUGAAUUGUUACACUGAAGAGUUCGGCAAAAAGAUGAAUCUGUUUUAAAGAAAAGGAGUAGUAUACAGAGGAUUGGGGCGAGAUGCUUAAUCUCAUGCAACGGUAUUGUAAACAGAAUAAAAUAAAUAGCAGAUAAGAGACAUCUUAAACCGUCACAAAGUGUUUAACGUAGUUUUAUUAUAGUUAGAACAACAAGAUGCACGUGUCACCUGACGUCAUGUCACGUGUCACCUGACGUCAUGUCACGUGUCGUCUUUAUAAUUCUUACUGUUUGUGAACACCAUGAGAAGUCAAGUGUAGGUGAAUAAGUAAUUUUUUAUUUCUACCUUCGAUGCAAGGAAAGGAAAGCUACAGUGGGUUCAAUUUAGGUAUAACGGUUCUCGAAGCAAAUGUGAAUUUACUUUUCAGGUCAACUUUUCCUGUACUACACACCGUUUAUAUGUGAGAUUUUGUUUGGUUGCAAUAAGAAUUAUUAUCUAGUCUGUGUUGUCAAUAGUUGUGAAAUUCCUUGCGUCGUCAGUCGUCAGAUUUGUGGCUUUGAAAAUCGAAAACGUUUAAUGAAAUCACUUCAAAAUGGUUUUCAUUGCUUCGAGAUUUUGUCUUGAGUGCGAAGCAUCUUUCGAUGUUGAGAUUCAGUAGUAAUUACAGUAUUAUCAUUGAAAUAAACAUAUAACUGGACGGCUAUCUUUAGACUAUGAGCAAACCUGCUCCUUGCAUGAAGCCAAUUCUUACCUCCAAACACGCGUGUAUGGAGGUCAAGUCCCGCAUUUUAGAACUUAUUGUUAUGAACUUUCUUGGCCGUGCGGGAAAAGAUUGGGACUAGUUAAAUUGUUGGCUUCAAAUUUUGGCGGGAAGUAGCAGUCCAGUUAUAUUUAGUUCAAUUUAUAUUAUUUAAGACCAUGUUAUUUGUAUAUAUAUAAUAGUAGAGCGUAAUCAUUAUGGCGAUAAUGCUCAAGUCAAGUCAAUUCAAACGAAGGCUAUUUUAUACCGGGGCGAAGCUAAAAUCAAAUUGAAAUAUUUAUUUUUAUAAAUGUAAAUAACGGGAUGUUUUUCGAGAAUUUGUUGUGGUUGGGGGGAGGGAUUUGUGGAAAAUUUUUCCAACGGUUUUUCAUGCUAAAAUAGUCAAAUUUGAAUUGGAUUGGCUACGGUUUUCAAUAUGAAAGAAUUUCCCAGUAUGAAUUUUAACUGGACACAUGUUUGUAAAUUAUUACAGCUAUGUUGUAAUGGUUGUAAUAAAAGAUAGUGGGUUCAAAUUAA